CCUUGGGCAUGUCUGUCUGUCAAAGCCAUUAUUCCCGCGACUGAUUCCGAAGCUGCAAGAAUCCCAAACCCCUAAAUUCAUGGCGCGGAGGCCGGACGAGGACUAUGAUUACCUCUUCAAGGUUGUAUUGAUCGGCGAUUCGGGCGUGGGAAAAUCCAAUUUGCUCUCUCGGUUCACCCGAAACGAGUUCUGCUUGGAAUCUAAAUCCACCAUCGGCGUUGAGUUCGCCACCCGUACUCUUCAGGUCGAGGGAAGAACUAUUAAGGCUCAGAUAUGGGACACAGCCGGCCAAGAGAGAUACAGAGCCAUAACAAGUGCAUAUUACCGUGGUGCUCUAGGAGCUCUUCUAGUAUAUGACGUUACAAAACCAACUACUUUUGAUAAUGUGAGUCGCUGGUUGAAGGAGUUAAGGGACCAUGCCGACUCCAACAUUGUUAUUAUGCUUAUAGGAAAUAAGACUGAUCUCAAGCAUCUUAGAGCUGUAGCCACUGAGGAUGCUCAAGGUUUUGCAGAAAAGGAGGGGCUUUCAUUCAUCGAAACGUCUGCUCUGGAAGCCACUAAUGUAGAGAAGGCUUUCCAGACUAUCCUUUCCGAGAUAUACCGGAUCAUCAGCAAGAAGUCGCUUGCCUCAGAUGAACCUGCACCAACAAGCAUCAAAGAAGGAAAGACUCUUGUUGUUGGCCCACAAGAUAACAACACAAAGAAGACUUGCUGCUCUACAUCCUAAUUGCCUUGUCUAUUUUUUACCACCUCCCCCACCCACCCAAAGAGAGUAAAAGAAAAAAAGAGUUCACCUGCCUCUAUUUUUGGGUCACUUCUGCUAUCGAUUAUUUUGAAUCCUUGUAUUAUUCUUAUGUUUAAACAUUUUGCUUUUGAUUCUUAAGAGUUGCCAAAGUUUUUCUAUGAAAUGUUGUUGGAUGA